UAGUCCUUAUCCCCUCCAUCGUCUCCAACCUCUGAAGUGUAAAGUAGUCGGCAUCAUAAAUCUUGAUGUCCUCAUGCUCAGGAGACAGCAGGACCUUAACCCUUGAUAAUAAGCUCAUCGGACCCUCAGAGUGUGUUCAGAGAAACUUGGGCAGUGAGAUUGAUUAAGAGAGAGAAGCGCACAGAAGCCAAUCAGCUCUGCUUAUUGAAAGAAAAGAUUUAUUUCAGGAAACCAAACCUGUUAUACCAGGAGGCCCCCGUGUUUAUAAGUUGGUUCUGCGUGAGAAAUAUGCACAAGGAAAGUACAGAAAACUCCAGUUUGGGGCUCAAAACCCAUUAAAACAACACAAAAUAAUAAUGUUGGUGGGAGCAACAGGAUCAGGUAAAACAACUCUCAUCAACGCUCUGAUCAACUACAUCCUGGGAGUGAAAUGGGAAGAUAAUUACAGGUUGAUUCUCAUUGAGGAAGAUACAAACAGGAGCCAAGCCCAUAGCCAGACCUCUGAAGUCACUGCCUACCAACUCAAUCAUAUAGAGGCAUUUACUGUCCCCUAUAACCUGACAAUCAUUGAUACCCCGGGGUUUGAUGACACAAGAGGUCGAGAUCAUGACAAAGAGAUUCCCAGGCAACUGAAAUUAUGUUUUGACUCACCCGGGAGCAUUAGCCACAUUGAUGCCAUUUAUUUUGUGCUUCCGUCCGGUUUACCUCGUUUGACAAGUACACAGGAAUAUAUUUUUGGAUCAAUGUUGUCAAUUUUUGCAAAAGAUAUAGAGAACAACAUACAGAUCUGCGCUACGUUUGCUGAUGCCGGGAAACCAAUGGUCUUAAAGGCCCUUACUGAAUCCAAUGUCGCUUGUGUAAAGAACAGACAUGGCAUUCCUGUUUAUUUCAAGUUCAAUAAUUGUGCUCUGUAUGCAAAGAAGUCAGAGGAAGAGGAUGACGAUGAUGAUGAUAAUGAAAAUUCGUUUCUUAAGUUACCGUGGGAUACCGGAAAAACAAGCUCAGAAAAGUUAUUUAGAGAUUUGGCACGAAUGGAAUCAAAGAGUCUAGUUUUAACAAAAGAAGUGUUAGAGGAGAGGGAGGCACUCGAGGGCAUAUUAGAUGGGUUAGGGAGAAAAACUGAGGAAAUUGCACUGUAUCACCAAGAGUUAUCCAAACUUAAUCUGAAUAUGAAAGAAAAUGAACAAAUUAUUAAGGAGAACAGUAGUUAUGAAUAUGAAAUGAAGGAAAACGUAAAGACGAAAAUCCCAGUACAAGGAGAGGUACAUAACUGUAACAGCUGUGAAACAACAUGCUCACGUUACGGCAACUUGUUUCAGAGAAUUUGGAAAUGGUUAAAAUGGGUUUUUUCCAUGGAAUGCAGCGUGUGUGGCCACAAUGAGAGAAAUCACGUACGUGAGAGCCAUGAAUGGAGAAUUGAUGUGAAAACUACGAAGCUCACACAUAAAGAACUGAAAGAAAAAUACGAGAAGGCUUAUAAGAAGAAGUUAUCUAUUGAUGAGAUGAUUCAAAUUAAUGAGAAUAAAAAGAAAGACCAAAAAGACGAGGCAAUGAGACUUAUCGAGAGAGCUGCAGAAGUUCUCAGGCGCCUACAAGAAAUUGCCCUUAAACCCAACUCACUCACUGUCACUGAUUAUAUUGAUUUGCUUAUCAAUAAAGAGAGACAAGAAGGGAAACUAGGAUUCCAAGAGAGAAUUGCUUCCCUGGAGGAAUUCAAGGACAAAACUCAAUAGAUACAGUUCAUUUUUUUAAUAUCCACUUGAGAUCAUUGUUUUUUCAUUUAAUAUUACAAAUGAGAAAAAUUCUGUGCUUAUAUGGGAUAUAUGGCUUCAAUAAUCACAGUAUAAGGUUUGUGUUCUGAAAAUAUAACGAGUGAGCUUACCUUUCUACAAUAUCAAUAAAACCAUUAACACAAACAAA